GUAACACUUAGUGUAUUUGGCGGCGCUUUAUUUACUUUCUCCGCCGUAAGACACGCGUUUCUUUCUGUCUCUUUUUAUCUGACUUUAUUGUCAGAGAAAACCACAGUUCAGUGGAAAAAGAAACCCUGUUUGUUUUAUUAAAUGUUUCUGACUGACAGUAAUAGUAAAGCGUGUUUGAAAGAAGUGAUUUAGAGACAGCCGUUAGUAAAGCGUCGAGUGAAAUGGACUGCAGUGAACUGGACUCGACGGAGAAAAGCAAACCCUCACAGCUCCUCAGAGCUAUAAACCAGAUUUAUGAAGAAGGCAGAGAAGAGUCGAAGCAUUCAGCAGAGACCAAUGCUGCAUCGGUGGAGAAAACAAUGAAUCUGCUGAAAGAGAAAGCAGAAACAGGAGAUUCACAAGCCACCUUCCUCCUGGGACAGUUACACUAUGUGCAGGGCUGCUAUGCUGAAGCAGAGCUCAUCUUUGACAGAAUUAAAGAUAAAGAUCCUCAAGCUCUCUAUCAGCUCGCUGUCAUAUACUACGAUGGCCUUGGAACCAAAGAAGACCUUGGCAGAGCAGUGGAGUACAUGGGAAGAGUUGCAUUCUGGGAUUCGUCUGAAGCGGGCUCUGUCAGAUACGCAGCGCUGUAUAACCUCGGUCAGGCGUAUCUGGAGGGUUUUGGGGUGCAGGCGUCCAGCAGUGAAGCGGAGCGACUUUGGCUCCUGGCAGCUGACGAUGGAAACCCGAACGCCAGUGUGAAAGCGCAAUCCGCUCUGGGCAUGUUUUACAGCAGACCCGAGAGCCUCGACCUCAGAAAGGCGUUCUUCUGGCACUCACAGGCGUGUGGUAACGGCAGUCUGGAGUCUCAGGCGGCUCUGGGCCUGAUGUAUCUGUAUGGUCACGGUGUUCAGCGGGACUCAGACUCGGCUCUGUUCUGCUUGAAGGAGGCAGCAGAAAGAGGGAGCGUCUACGCUCAGGGUCACCUCACGGCCUGCUACUACCGCAGACAGCUCUACUCCAGAGCCGCCGCUCUCGGCCAGAGAGUGUGCGAAUACAAGGACACGGCUGCUAUAGCGCAGCAAACAGACUGUCUGGAGGAGUACGUCAGGAAGGGCAUUGCUAUAGGCAUGUUUUAUUACGCUCGCUGUCUUCAUCUGGGCAGAGGAGUCCCGCAGAACAGAGACAAGGCAAAACACUACUGCACACAGGCUGUCAGGAUUGAUCCACUCAUCUGUAAAGAGCUGCAGAUUGAUGCUGCGCAUGGAAAAAUAUGAACGCAACCACUAUUAAUCUCCCAGAAGAGAAGACGAAAGAAAAUCAGAAGGUGACGAGUGGCAGUGGAUCUGACCUGCUCCCCCACAACACAUUCAAGCACACCGGGUGAUUCCUGACGCAGGAGAUCCAGCAGAAACAAACCUCCAGCCUUCAGGUCUGAACAGCCUCCACACUCAGCUCAGCAUAGAGCUCUUUCACCAGCAUCUCCAGCAACAUCUGCACAAAACAAGACAAUAUCAUCAUCCAUAUGUUCAUUCCUUACUCCACCACCAGAUGGCGCUACAGCCUCAUCUUUUCAUUAAAGCUAGUGGUGAACUGGAGUAACCUACACUGUAAACAAUGCUGGCGUCCACACAAUUCCUUCAUACUGUCACAACACAGACUAGUUGUACAUAAUUAAGCAGAUAAUACAAUUAAGCUGUCUGGAAAAGAAAAUUGGGUUGUAUUAGUAAUAUUAUGCUAAAGAAACAUGUUUGUUAUGAUUAUUAAUCUCAGCCUUUAAUAAAUGAGCAGAAAAGUCAUUUGAGAGGCAGAGAAAAAUAAUAAAAUUCACCAAAGAGUAGAUAUUCUCCGAAUAAAGUGUGCUGAUGAAUUACA